AUGGUAGAAGAAGUUAAGCUAACCAAGAAACAACUGAAAGCUAAGAAUUUUCGUAAGUCUAAGGAAGAACGUGCUGAAGAGAAGCAAGAGACAGAAGCGAAGCGCAAACUUGAGGAGACAGCUGAGCAGGAAGAAGCACCACGCAAGAAGCGGAAGACCAGAAGAGGCAAGGGCGGAAAGAAGAAGAAGGGCAACAGAUUCAUCAUUUUCGUCGGGAACUUACCUAAAGACAUCACCGAGCAAGAGCUCAAAGCACACUUCAAGUCCAGUGCGCCUGACGAAAUUCGAAUUAGAGCUGACAAGGGCAUCGCAUUUCUAGAGUUCGACGCCGACCGAGACCAACAUAACAUCCAAUCCCGUAUGGACGUCGCAUUACUGCAACACAAGACGAUUCUCAAGGAAAGAAAGAUUAAUGUAGAGCUCACAGUAGGUGGUGGUGGUAACAGUUUGGCUCGUCUCGAGAAACUGCGCGAAAAGAACUUGAAACUUGACGAGGAACGUAAGGUAAGAACCACCAAGAUGAUUGAAGAUGGAAAGAAGAAGAAGGAAUCUGCUCCUACGCCCUCUCAGGAAGCUGCUCCUACGUCUUCCGGAGUUCAUCCAGACCGUCUGAAGCUCAUUGGCUGA